AAAUAACAAUGAGAUCUCUCACCAUAUUUUUGGCAACAAAUUCCAUCAAUAAUGAGAUUAUGAGUUAUGAGCUGUUUGUCAGUCGAAAGCAAUACAUUAUAGUGUAAUUAUCUGGCAAUAAUCAAUAUUGACUAUAAUAAUUAAUUAAUUGACUUGAACAAUUGAACCAUAAAAAUAAACUUGCAUGGUGAAUAAUAUAUAUAUGACCAUUCAAGGCAUUUUCCCUUGAAAGGGGAAUCCCGGCCUAAAUUCACUUAAACAUGGUAACAUGGUAUUUCUGGAAAAAGGGAAGACAAACUUGAAGUUAAUUAAAAUUUUAAUUCGAAACUGCAUGAUUUCAAAGAAUUUUCUUAAGAAGAAGCCAGGAGUAUAAAAGAAUAAUAUGUUCAAUCAUUACAAAAGGAAAACAAAAACACUGCUAAUAUAUUGAGGGCUCGGGAAACCAAACAUGAGGUUGAAUUACCGUGUGACCAAUGAUCUGAAGAAAGAUGAGCUCUUUUGAUGAAUUGUGGUGUGGUGACUGUGGCAAGAGUCAUGAAGGGAUGUGCAAGAAACAUGGAGUAUUACACAAAGUUCAGGAUGCUAUUAUCCCAUCAAGAGCACGCCUUACACUCCCCUCAUCUCUUACUUUGAAGUCUGUGAAAGAAAAUGGCUCUGUCCACACUGCUGUGUUUUCUAAACGUGUAAUUCCUGUGAGGUCACAAUUUGGUCCAUUGGAUGCACCUAUACUUUCUAAAUCCAAACUUGAAGUUAAGCAAAAGAAAGAAACCACAGUAUGGAAGAAGAAAAAUGCAAUGCAGAAGUCAAUGGAAACUUCAACGCUUACUCAAAAUGGGGACAAUUCAGAUGUAAAUCAAUCUUCAAAUGAUUUACAGUCACCAAUUAUUGCUAGUGUCCGUAGUUUGCAGACCAAGAGUAAUAACUCUAUAGGGAAUGAUGUGGCAAUAUCAAGUAUACCACAACAGUUAAUGUCAGUAAAUAAUCAGUCAAUCAGUCAGUCAGGGAUGGGCGAUGGUGGACUUCUAAAUCUUCAGGGAGGCCUUAAUCAACUUCCUCUCCAUUCAAGUCCCAUCCAUAAUCAUGCCAGCCUUAAUCAGUUACAACAUAGCCUGCAAGACUUACAGUCCAUUGGGUUUCCAUCAACACCCAAUAGUAUUCAACUUACACAGGAAAAUCUGCACUCAUUAGCCCAGCAAUAUCCAUCAUAUGGCGGACAUCCAGACUUUUCAUCAGUCCAGCAACACUUGAACUUUGCUGAUUUUGUAGCUGCAACUCAAUUACAACAUUCAGUUGGAACUGACCAAUCGGGCGGCAGUUUAUUGUUAGGUCCGCCCAUAGAGGCUGAUGGCCAAUCAACUGAGGAUUCUGGAGUUGGUGACACAUCCAAUGUUAAUGUUAGUGACAGUACUGCGACAGAUGCUACCUCUGAUACAGAGCUAGAAGAUAGUAUGGAACAAGACAUGUCAUUUGAAUUUAAGGUGCUAACAGAUGAUGGGUGUGCCGAGUUGUAUGAUACUACUGAUGAGGACCAUUCUAACUGGAUGAUAUUUGUGCGACCAGCAACAUCUGUAAAAGAACAAAACCUCAUUGCAUACCAAGAAGAUGGCCAAAUUUAUUUUGUGUCUUUAAAGCCAAUACAGACAAACACAGAGUUAAAGGUGUGGUACUCGAAAGAUUAUGCAAAAUCUAUAAAUAAAGGGAUGCUUUCAACUGAACCAGUUAUCAGACAGUUUGAUGACAAUAAACUGCAGUGCCUUCAGUGUGAAGUGAAGUUUUCUGAUCAAGAAGAAAUGGAAAACCAUUUUUGUGUAAGCAAAAUCAAAGCUAGGCGGAAAGGACGCCCAAGGAAAUAUGUUAAACCUACAAAAACAUGGAGAGCAAAAAUGGAGAAAACUAAAGUUAAGGAAUCUCAGCAAGGUUUAGAGGUAAAGGCAAACAUUGACAUAAGUACGAGUGCUGACACAAAUGUAACCUCACCACCCGUUAAAAGAGGUCGAGGUCGACCAAGGACAAAAGCUGCCAUUGUAAAGAAUGAAGAGCAGUUUGUUAAGACUGAACAUAAUGUGAUAUUAGUUCCCGUACAGCAUACUGUCCAACCGAUGCAUCAGCAAAAACCACUACAACAGUCCCAACAACAGCCCCAGCAUCAUACAAAUCAACAACAAUUUCAAUUAGAAAUAGACAAUCCAUAUCACAUCUUGCCUGAUGAUGACAAUGAUGACGAUGUAGACGAUAGUCAUAAUGAUAUUGAGGAUCAAAGUUAUGCUAACAAUGAUGACGAUCCAUUGUUUGAGGAAAAGAAACUUGUUAUCACUGAAGAUAGACCAAAAAAGAAACGAGGUCCAAAGUCUUCCAAAGCACCUACGCCUUGCCCACAUUGUGGUGAAAGUUUUCAAGCUGAGGCAGCCUAUUAUUUACAUGUUUAUUCACAUACUGGUAUAAAACCUUUUAUAUGUGAUGUUGAAGGUUGUGAACGAGGAUUCUUGUCAAAGUUUAAACUAGAACGUCAUCGACUGAUACACACUAGUCCACGUCAUCAUAAGUGCUCAUAUUGUGACAAAAGUUUUAAUCGUAAAGAUCAUUUAAAAAAUCAUAUGAUAACUCAUGAUCCACAUAAGAAAAUCUGGAAAUGUGAACUGUGUGGGAAGGAAUAUUCCUAUAGUUUUUCAUACAGGACUCAUAUGGCCUUCCAUGCUGCUGAUAGAGGUGAAACUCUUUCUUGUGGUAUUUGCAAGAAAAACUAUGAAAACAAGGAACAACUUCUGUUUCAUUUAAAAGUGCAUACUGGUGCAAGAGCUGCUAAAAAUGCAACUGAAAAAACGCAUCAGUGUUUUGAGUGUUCAAAAAAAUUCUUCACUAGAAAAGAUGUAAAAAGACAUAUGAUUACUCACACCAAAAAGAAAGAUUUCCUCUGCCAAUUUUGUCCCCAAAGAUUUGGUAGAAAGGAUCACUUGACUCGUCAUUUAAGAACAACACAUACAGGCGAUAAUCAAACAUCAGGGCGACAAAGGAGAAGUACUGGAGACAGCACGACGGCUUCUCCAUCAAAACAAAAGAGGGAGAGGCAGAUCUACACACAAAUAGAACCAACAAUGGUGCCAUUACAAAUGGCCAUUCCUACAAUGCAACCUGAUGACCUACAAGAACAAUUGAUGAGUAGUGUUGCUGCAGCCAGCCAAUCUGGUAAUAUGUCUGCUACAUCUGCAACCAUUCUUCAAAACCUACAAUAUGCCAUAAGUCAGACACCUGGUAAUCAUGGUGCAGCUAGAGAUAUACAGAUACCUGCAGUACUAUAUGAGGCUGCAGCUGCAGCAAGUGCUCAGCAACAACAAGAACAGCAACAGCAACAACACCAUCAACAACAAGAAGCCCAAGCUAACCAAAUAGCUGCUGCAGCUUCAAUGAAUAGCAUUCAGCCACCUCCAGGAAUGCCGACAGUCCAACACUCUACCUUGCCUAUGCAGUACCAGAUUAAUGAAAAGGGAUAUGUUCUUCAUAAUUCUCAACCAGAGCAAACUAUUGUUCGUCAGAUUCAGGUUUCACCAAAUGUUGAAUAUAAACACAUAGCUCAGCAGUUACAAAGCAAUAUGUUCAUAACAGCAGUGAGCAAUCCGUCCAAUCUACAACAUCAUCAUCACCAACAGCAACAACAGCAGCAACAGCAAGUACAGCAUAUCCAACUACAGCAGACUCAACCACAACAACACCAAACAAUGCUAUCAGUUGGCAAGAUUGAAACACAGGCAAUAGAACUAACUCGUGCUAAUGGUCUUGCUGCUGCAUUACAACAACCUCCUGAAUACCAAAUUGCCACAGCGCAACCAGUUGCAAACAUGGGUCAGUCAAAUGUUUCUGUUUCAGACCAGAAUAAUCAGACACAAUUGUUGAUGGCAAAUCCUGUUGACUCACGGUUACUUAGUUACAUGGAAACGUUAAGGUUUCUUGAAAACUUACCAACUAAUAAUACUGGCACAAUACCACUUCAACAGCUGCAGGCUUUAAAUGUAGACAUUUCUCAAGGUCAGACCGCACAAAUUAUACCGGCUGUACCAGCAGGGGCAUAUAACUCUGUCAGUGGUGGCAAUAUUUUGAAUUUAAAUCAGGCAGAAUUUAAGGGUGUGGUUACAAUACAGCACCCACAUGGAGCCACAGCUGUCCAAUUGACUCCACAGGAUAUUAAGAAUGUAGUUAGUCUUGCACACACUGUAACACCUGUCCAGCAUGUUACAUACCAACAACAGUCUUAAGUACAUUCUUAGCGUAGUUACUUCCCUUUAAAUAGAUCUAUAUAUUUAGGUCGUAAUUGAACUAAUUCAUGGUAAAUUUAAUGAUUUUUUAUUGCUUUUUUCAGCCUUAAUUGCUGUUCAAAGACUUAAGGAAAAAAAUAUAAAUUAUUGCCAAUAUAAAUGUAACCUGCAAGUAAUUAUUGUAAUUGGGACAAUCAAAUGGGACAUUUGAUUGCUAUUCAAUAAUGGUUAUUAUUUAUUAAUGUUGGUACACAAUUAUAGUUAGGAAUUUCAUGUAAUUUAUCAUGAAGACAUUAUUUAGAAUAGUAAUUUUUAUAAAAGAAGUUAUAAAAAUACUUGAAUUUAAAUUUUGUUGGUUGCUUUUGCAAUUUAAGACGUUUUAUGGAAAUGUAGCAAAUAAAAUGAAAUCAUGAAGAACUGUUAUAAGGGGAAUGAUUUGAAGUGGUUUCAAACUUCCAUCAAGCGAGCAACAUUGGUGAAAACUUGUUAAAAUGGAAAAACAUGUUAUAAGAAUGUCAUGUUUGUUUGAUAUUUGAUGAUUUUAAUUGUCUAUUCAUAUUAUUUAUAAACUUUUGUCAAGUUAGUAACCAUUUUGCCUACUUGAGUCUUGCAUUGUAAUCACUUCAUGUCCAACCUUUAGUUACAACAUAAUAUUGAUAUUAAAUAAUCAGGUAAAUAAAAGUGCUACUUCAGGGUUUGAUUUAAAUGUAUUUUAAGAGCAAUAUUGGAAUAGGUUUAUUAUAUAAAAUUUAAUAAUUUUUAGCGCGACUAUUCGAAGAAUAUGAUAGCUAUUGUAGUCGCGUCAGCAUCUGCGUUGGUUAAAGUUUUUUGUAAAGUCAAAUAUCUCAAUUAUUACUUGAGAUAUUCAAUUGAAACUUACAAUACUUAUUCAAAGUAACAAGGUACAUCAGAUUGACAAGUUGGAUAACUCUGCCUACAAUAUUGACAGAAUUUUUCCCCUUUUUAACUUAGAAA